AGGGGGAUGGAGGGGGGAACCGGGCCGGGUCGGGCCGCGCUCACUCGGUGUCACCUCUCAGGCAGGCGGCCCUGGAGAUCACGGCGCGGUACUGUCGCAACGAGAUGGAGCAGUACGGGCGCUGCGUGGCCGCCAGCCCGACUUCGUGGCAGACGGACUGCCACAGCCUCCGCCUCAGCAUGUCCCGGCGGCCUUCGAGCAGUGCCUGAAGGAGAACCAGGCGUCGGUGCUGAACUGCAGCGAGCACGUCAACGCCUUCCUGCGCUGCGCAGAGCGGGUGAAGGUCCCCGCGUGAGGGGAUCCCCGGAAUCCAAAUUCACCCCCAGGAGCGAAGGGAAGCUCUCCGUACUCCGUGUUCUCAUCGCAGCGCUCGGUUGGGUCGCUCCUCCCUCUCUGAAAAACCCAUGGGUUGCUUGGGUAGGACGCGAAAGCCGCCUCUAUUUUCCUACAGAUUACACUCGGCAAUUUCCUUCACCACCCAGGGCAGCGCUUUCCCGUUGAUCCCAAUAAAAAACCAAGCCAACAAA